ACGCAGAUCGGGUCCGAAUGUUCUGUGUUUAUUUUUAAAAAAAUAUUCCGGAAACGAAACCCUGAGUAAUCGGAAAUGAUUAGUAGUGAGCGAGAAGCUUCGCGUCACGAAGGCCUGGGCGGGUCGGCUUGCGAAUGGAAGAGGAGCGUGCGGGGAAGUUAACCCAGUGACGCCGAGCCGAAGGACCUGUAAAGUGAAGCCCCCUGGCAUAGGGAGAGUAAGAAUCUUAGAGGUUUUUCAGUAGAAAUCUUGGGGCGUGUUUUCAUUGGUUAAAAAAUGACUACUCUUGAAAGUUUAGAAACCAAAGUCACCCUCACUUCAACCCCAAUCCGAGGAGCAGGAGAUGGAAUGGAAACUGAGGAGCCACCUAAAUCUGUUGAAGUUACCUCUGGAGUCCAACCCAUAAGGCAUCACAUCCUUCAGAGUCCACGAAAGAAAGCAGUUACAUCAGAGAGCCCAGGAGUUCUCCAACUAGGGAAGAUUCUCACUGAAAAAGCAGUGGAAGUCGAAGCUGUAAGAAUAUUAGUUCCCAAGGCUGCUAUAACCCAUGAUACGCCCAGCAAAAAUGCAAAGGUUAAGUCUCUGGGACAUCAUAAAGGAGAAUUCCUUGGUCAGUCAGAGGGAGUUGUCGAACCUAGGAAGGAACUAUCAGAGGUAAAGAAUACACUGGAAAAGCUCAAGAACUCUGAAAGGAGGUUACUACAGGACAAAGAAGGUCUUUCAAACCAGCUCCGAGUACAGACAGAGGUCAAUCGUGAGUUAAAGAAGCUGCUGGUAGCUUCUGUUGGGGAUGAUCUUCAGUAUCACUUUGAACGUCUAGCCCGUGAGAAAAAUCAGCUUAUUUUAGAAAAUGAAGCCCUAGGUCGAAACACAGCUCAACUUUCCGAACAGUUAGAACGUAUGUCAAUACAGUGUGAUGUAUGGCGAAGUAAAUUCCUCGCAAGCAGGGUCAUGGCAGAUGAGUUAACAAACUCCAGAGCAGUUUUGCAGCGUCAAAACCGUGAUGCACAGAGCGCUAUACAAGAUCUCCUGAGUGAACGGGAGCAGUUUCGUCAGGAAAUGAUAGCUACCCAGAAAUUAUUGGAGGAGCUCUUAGUCUCCUUGCAGUGGGGAAGAGAACAAACUUACUAUCCUAGUACGCAGCCACACAGCACAGCAGAACUAGCGUUAACAAAUUACAAGUUGGCAAAAGCAGUAAAUUCUCACCUUCUAGGAAAUGUUGGCACCAAUGUUCAAAAAAAGAUUCCAUCAACAGUUGAAUUCUGCAGCACCCCAGCAGAAAAAAUGGCUGAAACGGUUCUACGCAUUUUGGACCCAGUAACCUGUACAGAAGGCUCACCUGAUAAUCCAUUUGCUGAGACCUCAACAACCACCUUACUUGCUACAAAGAAAAAUAUUGGACGAUUUCAUCCCUAUACUAGAUAUGAAAAUAUAACUUUCAAUUGCUGUAAUCACUGCCAGGGAGAACUUAUUGUCCUUUAACAUGCCAAGUGUUGAAGGCAUGCUACAGCACUUGCUUAUUACCCAAGAGUCAUUAUUAUUUGGGAGCUGGGGUUCUUACAAUGCUACAAGUAAUAUCACUUUCUAUUUAAAUAAUAUAUAUCCCCAAAGAUGUUUCAUGUACUGGACUCCAGAUUACCCUUUCUUAAUAAAUAUCUCAGGGUAAGAAAAGAAUGAAACUGUAGAUAUCUUUACAAUAGAGAAUGCUUUCUAGGCAUUACAUGAUGCUUUUCCUAAAGGACACUAAGAGAAAAAGAUUCUGUACCUGUCUUUUAGGCCCUAAGUAAUUAUUUAUCUUGCCAUAUAUUUUAUAUGAGCAGAUUUAAUUUUGGCAUUAUAAAGCAAGGAUUGGCAGACUGUGGCUCUGGGUCAUGCGCAGCCAUACCCAUUCAUUUACUAUUGUCUCUGGUUGUUUUGCGCUACAACAACAGAGUUGAAUAGACGCAGCAGGGCCUGCAAAAGCCUAAAAUAUUUAUGGCCUUCAAGGCCUAAAAUAUUUACUAUCUGGCCUGUUACAAAAAAGCUUUUCUGACCUAGUACUCUAAAGUAAUAAUAGCUGGGGCAGGGUAGGGGGGUAAUUUGGGGGGCCACAAAGGAGGCUUAUGGAAAUACUAUGGGUGAAAGGAAUAAUCUUUUAAAAAUAAAUGCUAUAUGCUAGGAAAAUUCAAAAUAUUUUACAGCCACAUUAACAAGUGUUUCAGCAAAACAUCUUCUCAUGUUGGUUUUAUGCAGGGGAUUCCAUAUUUUGAAUGGAUGUAACUUGACAUAUAUAAAGAAACAGAUUCUAAUUAUUGAGCUCAUUUUGGCAAAUGCAACAGAACAGGAAUAUCCAGUCUAUUUAUAAAAUAUGGUGAAAAAAGUAGGAUCUUUCUAGAACAUUGUGCAAACUCAAAAGUACAAUCCAUCAAUUAAUUUAUAUUAUGUAAUAUAUAUUGUUUAUUUAUGAUGGACCAUCAUAAAACACUCUUUUAUAGGCCUUUAAAAAUGUCCACAAAAUAUUUAUACCUAAUUAUACUAAUUAGUUGCUGAAGUGCCUAUCAAUAGAGAAAUCUUUAAAAGACAAAUCUGGUCAAAUAACAAUAUAUUUUAAUUUCAACUUAACGAUUUUUUUUAAUCUGGUUCAUCUGAUUUAUAUUUAUAGUUUCAAGUGGCAAUAAAUUUCUCUACCUUGUUCAUUUUGAAUAUUGAUUUUUU